AUGCCGUCCAGCAACACCGCUCCGCGCCUCUCGCCUCCUCAAACACCCAUCAUCAGGACAUCCGCCGCGCGAGUCACCACAGCACCGAGACGGAAAAACAUCAUCCCUACACGCAUGUUCUUGGCCAAACGCGUAUCCGCCAUGGCUGUCGUCACAGCCCCCUGGGCGACAAGCGUGCCGCUCGCAAAAGAUACCCUCCCCGCGACGACCCCAAUCACAGCACGGCUCAUGACAGACGUGGACGGCGCAGAACCGUCCCGCCGCGGUCCUUUCAUCGCAGCAGCCGACCUGGCAGCAGUGAAUGGCGCAGCAUGGCGCCAAAGCACCGUUUUGCAGCGGGCGGCGUGGCCGCGCGCACUCGUCUGCCAAGCACUGCCUUUCACCAGAGCACCGGUGGCAGGCGCCGUCCCGGGGAUCUUGCGCCGGGCCGGGGACGACGGCACACGUGUGAAUGGUGCCGUGGCGGUUUGCGCAUCCCUCGGUUUGGCAGCGGUGGGCGUGGCAGUACUGCAGGUCUUUAUCGCCCUGCCAGACCCGUGCGUUCUGGCAUCUCGGCUCUACGCAGGCGUCUAUGACGGGGAGCGUCUUAGUGUCUUUGUUGGCCAGGGAGCGGUAUAUGCAUGUGUGCUAUUUGUAUCUGCUGGCGUUGAGGUCUUGCACGUGGUUCGGGCAGCGCUCUUGGCCGAUGGAUGCCGCGCAUUGGACAUCUGCCACGCCCGUCAGCACUUUGAACGCGAAACACGUCCUUUUUGA